AUGGUUAACAGUCCACUUGCUUUAGUUAAAUCAGCUUUGACUGAUGUUGAAGUUUUUCAUGAAUCUCGGUUGAGAUUAACUUAUGUUGCAGACAGACUACUUCCACAGAUCAAUGCAGUAGAAUGGAGGCCACCAGUAGAUCCUUUUUAUAAGUUAAACUUUGAUGCUGCCUUUGAUUCUGAGAAGAGGUUGAUGGGUAUUGGCAUAGUCGUGAGGAGCAGCAGAGGAGAGGUGCUAGCCGUGGUUUCUGCUCCAAAAAGUCAUGUUUGUUCUGCAUUUUCUGCAGAAUGCUAUGCACUUUUAAGAAGCAUCAAGCUGUGCCAAGAGUUAUGCUUAUACCAGGUAGUGCUCGAGGGUGAUGCAAAGGCAGUAGUGGAUAGUGUCAAUGGAUAUAACAACAACCUUCCUGGCAAGGGCUGUUGA